AUGGUUGAUGAAUCUCGAGAUAUUUCAGUGAAGGAGCAAAUGGGAGUUGUUUUGAGAUAUGUGAACAAAAGAGGACAGGAUGCUAUUGAUGCUUUAUUUGUGAAACAUGGAUUAUCAUUAUCUAGACUGAGAGGUCAAGGAUAUGAUGGAGCUUCAAAUAUGCGGGAUGAAUUCAAUGGGUUGAAAUCUCUCAUUUUGCAAGAAAAUCCAUAUGCAAGGGAAGAAGGAUGGCAUACAAUUACAGAUAAAGUCAACACAUUUUGUGAGUUGAAUGAGAUCCCAGUGCCGGAGAAGAAAGAUAAUUGUUUGAUUGGUGGUUGUAGUAGACGUAGAAGGCAAGUCAUCACCAAUCUGCAUUAUUAUCAUGAGGAGAUUUUCUAUCAGGUUGUUGAUUUAGUUAUACAAGAUAUGAAUACUCGUUUUUCAGAAGUUGUCACAGAAUUGCUUAGUUAUAUAGCAUGUCUUCAUCCAAGGAAUUCUUUUUCUGAAUUCAAUGUUCAGAAACUCGGUCGACUUUGUGAUUUAUAUCCUGAGGACUUCUUAACAAAUGAUUUUGUGACCGCUUCUGUUGAAAGAGUAUUUUCUGCGAUGAAGAUGAUAAAGAUUGAUUUACGUAACAGAAUGAGAGACAAGUGGAUGAAUGACAGUCUAGUCAUAUACAUUGAGAAAGAUAUCUUUUCAACAAUUGAAAAUGAGCAAAUAUUGCAGCGUUUCCAAAAGAUGAAAAGCCACAGGAUGCAGUUGCCUCCUCUUUCUUAUCCAAUGACCACCUAA